UGCCACCAAAGUUACUUCUAGUCCCUGCUGUCCCUCCUGCCCUCAGUCUGGACCUGCCCAGGGACCCCUGCAAUUCAGCCUCCCUACGCAGAAUCCCCACAGAGCGCAAGCCAAUUGCACCUGGCUCCUUGGCUGGCUACAUACCUCCAGCGGCUUAUGGGGCACUAUCCUGCCCAGCUCUGCUAAGAUGCUCCUGGCCUCUCCCUCCACCCCGUCCAGGGGACGGACACCUAGCGCCGUGGAGAGGCUGGAGGCCGACAAAGCCAAGUAUGUCAAGACGCACCAGGUGAUAGCGCGGCGACAGGAGCCAGCCCUGCGCGGGGGUCCCGGGCCGCUCACCCCGCACCCCUGCAAUGAGCUGGGGCCCUCUGCAUCGCCCAGGACGCCCAGGCCCGCCCGCCGGGGCAGCGGCAGGAGGCUACCGAGGCCGGACUCCCUCAUUUUCUACCGCCAGAAGCGGGACUGCAAGGCUUCAGUGAACAAGGAGAACGCCAAGGGCCAGGGGCUGGUGCGGCGCCUCUUCCUGGGCGCCCCCCGAGACGCCGCCCCGAGCAGCCCCGGCCCCACAGAGAGACCCGCGGUUCCUGGGGCUUGGGCUGCGCCUCAAGAUGACGCGGAAGCGGCGGGAAAGCGGGCGCUGUGCCCCACGUGCUCGCUGCCCCUGUCGGAGAAGGAGCGCUUCUUCAACUACUGCGGCCUGGAGCGCGCGCUGGUAGAGGUGCUGGGCGCCGAGCGCUUCUCUCCGCAGAGCUGGGGCGCCGACAGCAGCCCGCAGACCGGAACUUCCCCGCCACCGGGCUCUGGGGACGCCAGUGACUGGACAUCCAGCGACGGGGCCCCGGGCGGCCCGGACUGCGCGGGCGGCGGCGGCGGCUCGGAGGCAGCGGGCUCGGCGCGCGACGGGCGCCCGGCGGUGUCGGUGGUGGAGCGCAACGCGCGCGUCAUCCAGUGGUUGUACGGCUGCCAGCGCGCCCGCGGCCCGCCGCGCGAGUCCGAGGUGUGACCGCGGCCACUCGGGAGCCGGCUCCCGGGAAGUCUGAGGCGCGGGGCGCCUUUGCGCAAGCCCCUCCCUCUGGAACUCGGUUUCUUCAUCUGAACCUUGGGGCGAUGGGACAAGACGAUCCCGAAGGCCCUUCCCAGCGCAUGCAGCGGAGGGGGAGAGGGCCUCGUGGCCCCUGUGGAGGCCAGGGCUGGGGAGUGAUGUCUGGGGUGGGAGAGCUGAGCAAACCUGCUGAAUAAAGUUGAACGUUAUUUCAACGGACGUGAGUUUGGAUUAGGGAGCAGAUGUUGAGGAAGGGGGUGAACGGGUUUGCGUGGGUUUUGGAGUGUGCGACCCUGGGCAAGCACUGAACCUCACUGGACGGAGCGGCACCCCUCGGUUAUUAAAGGGAGAAAGGAGAAAAUAAAAGUAUU